AUGGUCAACAAGCGCACCGUCACCGAACUCGGCCUCUUCGCCGGUCUCAUCGUGUCCAUGCACGUCGCCUACUACACCAUCCAGAAUAAUCCGUCGCUCGUCGCACCUCAUCAGUUUUGGAGAAGGGAUAAGAUGAGAAAACGACGGACGAAGAAGAAGAAGAAGCAGAAGAUCCUUCUCUUUUCUUCGAUUUUCGAAAGAAAGUUUGUAAAACUUUUCCCUUUUUGUUUCAUCUCCGAAAUUUUCGUUUUCUGGAUUUUUGAACAUUUAUUGAUUUUAAGCUGA